UUUUAUACUUUAGUCACACAAUUAAACGUAAAAAAUGCGGCAUUUCUUUGUUCUGUCACGGGGAAGCCAAAUGUACGUACGGUUACCCAUACAAAAGAAAUGAUAUGUCCCACACCAGACCACCACGGAAAAUGGCGACUGUGAAAUAGAUGGAAGACGAAAGUAAGAAAUUAUUCAAUGCAGCUUACAAAUCUCACCCUAUCUGCAUCCGCACCGCUCGAAGGUCAUGGCAGCUGAAAUGUCGUGUCUGACAGGCGUUGAUGAAGAUGAAAAGGAUGCAGAUCCUGAGAUCAAUGCCCUUACACUCCUGCAAGAGCCAGUGAGAAUGGCGCAAGAAUCUGCCUCUUGCGCAGAUUCUUUCAGCAAGCCUUCUCUGAAACAAAACAAUGUCCUAGAUGUUCUGUCAAACACAGAUAUGUUAUCUCCAGUUGGCCUAGGUAAUGGACCUUCUUCGCAUCAGGCUACACAAGCCCAUGAACUCAACAGCAUCUCAACAGAGAAAGAAGAGGCAAAGAGCAUCACCCCACUAAAGACUGUGCAGGAGAUUGACACUGCAGGAAUCUGGGGUUUUGACGUAGACUCACCGGAGAACUCGCUGGAUAAUUUCAGUAGUGCCGGUGACCUUCAGUGGGACCCUCACAAAGAGUUCAUGCAGUUUCUAUGGGAGGACCAUGAUGAUUCCCCUGGUGAGGAACCUAAAGAAGAAGCCCUUCCUUCCAACAGCCAAAGGAGAAGGAAACGGAAAAUGGACAUGGUUGUCAUGGUGGAUCCUUCGGAAGACCUCUACCCUGAUCUGAGCCACAAUUCAUCUGAAGAAUUGUCUGAUGCAGAGGGCCAAGUAGACUCUAUUCCUGUCAGAAAAGUCCAAAAGUCAAGGAAGUUCUCUAAAUCACAGUCGUCACCAACAGUGAAAGUUUCCAAUUACCCCAAUGGUACUGUAAAGGCCAUCAAGGAAAUUCUUUACAAUGCGCCUGCAAGAAAUUCACAUGAGAACAGUAUAAAUCAUAGGCUUACACCAUUGAAGAGGAGGUUCACAAUAAAUUCUCAUUCUGAGGAGAAGCCAUCAUGUUACCCUUGCUCAAAAUGUAACCUCAUAUUCAAGAAAGAGCACCAUUUGCAUCGUCAUAUGAAGUCUCAUGUUGACCUUCCGAAUAUUUCGCCAAAGCCCUUUAUAUGUCGAGAAUGCGGACAGUCCUUCAGACAAAGUGGUUCGCUUAUCGAGCACAUGUCCAUCCAUCACGAAAAGAGAGAGCGACUCACUGAAGAAAUUAAAGGCAUCAAUGAUAGGAAGAAAGAUGAAAAAAAUGCGAAGCUUUUCUGCCCUCAGUGCCCAUUUGGAACAAACUGCCCAAACACAUUUGUUCAACACGCGAAAACGCAUGAGAAGGACAAGAGGAAGUUUAGAUGUGACAAAUGUAGCUUCAGGACUCUGAGUGAGAGUGAUCUUAGAAGACAUAACAUUAUGCAGCACACUGUUAUUACAGUUACAAAACAGAUUCAGGAUGACGAGUCUGCAAUCUUCUCCUGUAACGUUUGUUCUUACAGAGCUUUUAGCAAAAAUGUUUUUAAGAAUCACCUGCUACGGCGCCAUCAACAAACCUUUGAGGAAUAUGAAGCUGUACAACAUAGUGAGAAAAAUGCACAACCAUCUAAAGAGCAGCACAUGCCUACUCGUAAAACUCCUGUAGAAGAUGCAGAGUUUACAUCUAAAAUCUCGAUAAAAAAUCGGAUUUCUUCCAAAAGGGCUUGUUCACCAAGUGAGUCCAAUGACAUUUCAGACUUGUUUAAAAAUAGCAAGAUCAGGAGAAAUCUCAAGUCCCAACUGACAGAAUCAAAGCUCGACAAAUCCAUUAAUGUUCUCCUGUCCCGACAAAGACAUGGAAGGAAAAAUGCAGAACAGAAGAAGGAAAGCAAUAAUAGCAACACAUCCGUUCAGAAUUCAACAGGUGAAAAAGAUAGCUCUGAUCAGUUGCCAGGAACACUGACUGUCAAGGUUGAAGAUUCAGCUUUAUCCUCAAAUGGCCAUCGGGCAUCAUCCAGCACAACCAGUAGGGAUCUAAACCGCAGUGGUGUACACAUGUUAAGUGAAGAUCAGUCAACACUCAAAAAGUCGCCAUCUAAAAGGAAGAUGUCCAUCCCAUAUCGCAACACAUCUGACCAAGACACAUGCUUCAUUUUACCAAAACCAUUGGCAAGUCCCAAGAAAAUAAAUCAAGAAGAAGGGUCAGACUAUGAGGAAAAAGACAUUUUCCAGUCAAGUGAUACAGAUGUCGACGCUAACCUGUCCGACGAUAGUAUCAAGAAAGAAAAGCAAAACAUAAUCUAUACCUAUAGCAGAAGAAUGUCCAUGAGGGGUGCUCUUCAGGCAUCUAAAAGGCUGUUUGAGAAAAUAAAGACCGAAGAGCAAGAUCAAAACGACCCUGAAAUCAAAGAAGAAUGCAUAGAAACGGAAGUGUCUCAAGAAACCUUUGAGCCCCACCAGAUACCAUUGAUGGAGUCCCUUGCAGAGGAUGUGUCAGAGUUGGAUUCAGACCACAAGAACUGUCCGUACUGUCCCGCUGUCUUUGAGUCAGGUGUUGGCUUGUCAAAUCAUGUCCGAGGGCAUCUUCAUAGGGUCGGACUAAGCUACAACGCACGCCAUGUAGUGCCUCCUGAACAGGUGGCUUGCAAUGACAGGAAGCCACGAAUUAGACGGAAGAUGUCCGCAUUCAGGAGAUUGAAAAAAGCGUUAAGGAUGGAGUCCGACUCUGAGACCACGAAGAGCAUUCAUUCCUGUCCAUUAUGUGGGGAUUCUUUUGACAACAGGACUGGGCAGUCCAACCACAUACGAGGUCACCUCAAAAAGCUUGGUAAAAGCUUUGCAACGAAGAACAAAUCCCCAUUAAUGUUACUGCGGGAGCUGAUGCGUGACAAGAAGGAGUUCCAGCGGGCAGUUCAAAUUCUUGGAAAGAGAAGGAACCAUUUCCAAUACGGUGCUUCACCAAAGCUGUCCAAUGUUGAUUGUUUCAUGUCACCGUCCACUGGAAUCCACAGAAAUAAUUCUGUUACAAGUGCUUGCACUGAAGCCAGACCCCUGAAGUCCAUGUUUUCUUUAGCAGAAAUGGAUUCUGAAGAAGGGCAACUUGAGACUAAGCUGGAUGUUAAAAAUUCACUCUCUGGCACAAAUGCCUUGAUAGGAAUUCUGAAGAAGAGGAAGUGUCAGGAAGAUGCCAGACUAAAGGGGUGCUCUCAGACUUCAAGAAACACGCUAGCAGUUUCCUCAAACAGUGAGCAUAGUUCGGGCUCAAGAGUUGCAUCUUCACUGCCAAAGUCGAUAUCCGAGAAAGGUGAAUUCAACAGGAAGGUGUGUGUCCAUUGCAAUGCAACUUUCCACAGUGGAGUUAGCUUGUCUAAUCACCUCAGAGCAUAUGCAAAACGAAAAAGGACUGCCUUACUCGAGGGACAUGCAUUUGACUGUAAAGUAAGGAGACAGCGCUCAAGGCCUGGCCCAAAGAAGAAGACACUGCCCUUACCGCAAACUCCAGAGGAAAUGUACAGACUCACCUGCAGGUUCUGUGACCUCGUCUUCCAGGGUCCCUUGUCGGUCCAGGAGGACUGGAUUAAACAUUUACAGAGACACAUUAUGAACACUAGUGUCCCUCACACUGGGCUAGGCAUGGUAGAGGUCUCCUCGCUGCCCACGACCCUCAAGACUGACCAAGAGAGCUCUCUGGCAACCACACAUGCUGCCUCAUGAAGCCAAUGGGGACCUUUUUAGAUUUCACUAGAUUGUAUGUGUAUGUACAUUGGAUGUUCUUUCACUUUUUUUUUUUUCUAGCCAAUGAAAUACUGGCCAAAAGUACAAUAUAACUCAAUCACAGAUAUGUUGUACACGUUUGGACAUUUGGACAGAUGAAAAAGUUUAUUAUUUUGGAUAUUGUUACCUUUUUUCUGUUUUUACAUUGUUCAUUUAUUGGAAUUAAAUUCCAGAUGGGCAAACUUUUUCUUGUUUUAUGCAGUAAUGUAGUGUGGAAUCCAUUUCUAAUGAAGACAACUUUUACCUCAGAUUUCUCAUGGUUUGAGUCCGUUUUUGUCAACAUUGGGAGCACCUCUCUUCUGUAUCAAUAUUCACAUUUACAAGAUGCAUAGAUUAAUUUUUCUUUUGUAUUGCAACAUGUUCAAAUCAAAGCUCACAGUCUCUGUUUUCAGGCCACAGAGUUAGUGAGCUGAAUUUUUCGACUGAAAGCGUCAUCACUUGAAAGCUCAUGAGAAACAGCUGCAAGCAUCACAAGUGGAAAAGUGAGCUACAUUACAACAGAAAGGAAAAUGUCUGGAGACUUGUUAUGCAUAGAAAGUGUUUUAUAGUAUUUCAGUAACUGCGUUGUUUCUAAUACAAAUACAAAAUUAAAUCUGAAGGUGGU